UCAUUCUCUGUUCUGUCAUUGGUCCAUUUACCUGUCAAUCAUUGUCGUCAGCCAAUAAUGUUCAUGAGUUCAUGAGCGUUUGGGCGUUAGUGAGGAAAAAGAAAAACAAAUCCAGGAAGCUACAGUUGGACAACUGUUCUGCACACCGCUGCACACUGACAUUUAUCCGUGCGCAACAGAAUGGCUGAACCCAGAGGGAUCCUGAUAAAAGGAGGCAAAGUCGUGAAUGAGGAUUGCUCUGCAAUCAGCGAUGUCUACAUUGAAAAUGGGAAAAUUGUGGAUGUUGGACAGAAUCUUCGCAUUCCGGACGGAGUGAGAGUCAUUGAUGCCACUGGUAAACUGGUGAUCCCAGGCGGCAUUGACCCCCACACGCACAUGGAGCUUGCAUUCAUGGGUACCAGGACUGUGGAUGACUUCCAUACGGGAACAAAGGCUGCUUUAGCAGGAGGGACCACAAUGAUCCUGGACUUUGUCAUCCCCCAAAAAGGCAAGUCCCUUACGGAGGCCUACGACUGUUGGCGCAAGGCAGCAGACAGCAAAGUAUGCUGUGAUUACUCGCUGCAUGUCGCUGUCACCUGGUGGAGUGACCAGGUCAAGAAGGAAAUGGGGGUUCUGGCCAAAGAGAGGGGAGUUAAUUCCUUCAAGAUGUUUAUGGCCUAUAAAGACGUGUACAUGCUGCAAGACAGUGAGCUCUAUGCAGCCUUCUCCCAGUGUAAGACCAUCGGAGCAAUUGCUCAAGUACAUGCUGAGAAUGGAGACCUCAUUGCUGAGGGGGCCAAGAAGAUGCUGUCCAUGGGCAUCACGGGGCCUGAGGGUCACGAACUGUGUCGGCCAGAAGAGCUGGAGGCCGAAGCCACCCAGAGAGCCAUCACCAUUGCCAAUGCUGUCAACUGCCCUCUCUAUGUCGUCCAUGUCAUGAGCAAAUCUGCUGCCAAAGUGGUGUCCAACGCACGCAGAGAUGGUAGAGUGGUGUUUGGGGAGCCUAUUGCAGCUGGACUGGGAACUGAUGGGACUCACUACUGGCAUAAGGACUGGGCUCAUGCUGCUUUUUUUGUCAUGGGUCCUCCCCUUAGACCUGACCCCAGCACCCCUGGGUACCUCAUGGACCUGCUGGCCAAUGAUGAUCUCAGUGUGACGGGGACCGACAACUGCACAUUCUCAGUGUGCCAGAAGGCCCUCGGAAAAGACGACUUCACCAAGAUCCCUAAUGGAGUCAACGGUGUGGAGGACAGGAUGUCUGUCAUUUGGGAGAAGGGGGUGCACAGCGGCAAAAUGGAUGAGAAUCGAUUUGUUGCCGUCACCAGCAGCAACGCAGCAAAAAUCUUCAACUUCUACCCCCAGAAAGGCCGCAUCGCCAAGAACUCGGAUGCUGAUGUGGUUAUUUGGGAUCCCAAGUUGUCACGGAAGAUUUCAGCCAAGACCCACCAUCAGGCUGUGGACUAUAACAUCUUCGAGGGCAUGGAGUGUCACGGUGUGGCCGUGAUCACCAUCUCCAGGGGCAAAGUGGUGUACGAGGACGGUCAGCUGAAGGCGACGCCUGGCUGGGGAAGAUUCAUCCACAGAGAACCAUUCUCUGACUUUGUCUAUAAACGAAUCAAACAGAGGGACCAGGUGGGCCAACCUACAGCUGUGAUCAGGCAGCCCUACGAAGGGAAAGUCAUUUCUGUGUGAACAAGUCAGCCGCUACAUGAAAGCCACGUUGAAUCUCCAGCUGUGUGUGUGUUUUUGUGAACGCACACCACCUUCAGUGCCUGAACAAGUCAGCGCUCUACAUCUCAUCCAGGUAUUCCUGCAAGUCAUUUGUACAGACUACUGUCUUUAAUUAGUGAGGAUGGGAGAAUGGUGACAUUGCUAUAUUUCUUCCACUAUGUCCGCUCACUUAUAUCAGCUUUCACAUUUACAUUACAAAUUAUUGCAAAAAUAAAAGUGGCAAAUAGGAAACAGUGCCGCAUUAUGCUUUAUAGGGCACAAAUGAUGAAUGAGCGUGUGCUGUGCUGUUAUCCCAAGCAUUCCCUUUGAUGGAACACACCUUAAAUAGACCUGUCUUGUGUGACAGUAAUGAGACUUUUGUUGACCCACAGUGGCUCCGCAUUUGCAUAUUCAGCAGCAUUACAUAUUAUCAUAGCCGCUCCGUCUAUGCCCAUAAAUGGAGCGUAGUCUUCACCUCCUGUGUUAAAUAGGUCUGCAGCUCUUGGCGAACAUCACGGGGAGGUUGCGGUCCGGCUGGCAUGCCGGCGUGGUUUUCUGCCACAGGGCCGGUUGAGACAUAAUGUGAGCUUAUCAAGUUGCCUCAUGGGUCAGUGGCAGCGUGUGACUCACACAAGGCCCACUCUUUUUUUUUUUUUUUUAGCUGUAUCACUUCCUUCCUCUUACUGCUGACCGUGGAUGGGAUGGCGCCACGCAGGAAGGAAUAGUACAGUUGAAUCACGUAAUAUUAUUUACAGUACUUUGCAGAAGUCUAGCUAGCUUUGAUGUUCUGAUGUCACCGUCAACGAGUCAUUCUGGAAAAAGUAAAAAAAAAUAGAUUUAUUGGUGCCAUCAAUGUCAAAUAUCAUAAAGAUAAUGAAAGGCUGCAAGUGUCCACCGUACACCUGUACGCCGAUGCGUAGUGACAGUACCGUGGGAGUGGAAGAAAUGCUGUGGUGUUCGCUGCACAUUGAAGGGACAUCUGUCUUGGAUUAUGUAAGCUCCCUUCUUGUCUAUGCGCACACAUAAGCAUACGCACAAAUACAACACUUCCUCAUGUUGCAUUAUUAAAACAUGCGCUGUCAAACAGUAUAACAUUCACAAUAUAUGUCAUAAUUUCUUAUUAUUGCUAUUGUUUUGUUGUAUAAAAUCUAUCUAGUACCCCAGGUAAUCAAUUUACCUGGGGGCCACUGGAGCUAGGGUCUGGGCGAGCCCCCCCCCCAAAAAAAAACCGCAUUUAUUAAAAACAGAAAAAUAUACAAACUUUUUCAGUGCUUUGGUUCCGAUUUUCUACAAUAAAAGCUCAGAUAAAACAUUCCACUGUUCUCAAAUAUCUUAAUUUUUAUUUUUCUGCAUAAAACAAGAUGAAAAAUAAAUAAACAAAUCAAGAAUAAAGAAAAUCAAUCAAUCAGUAAUAAAUAAAUAAAUAUAAUAAUAAUAAUAAAACAGCAAAUAAUAAAAACCUAAGAAACCACAUAUAGUUGGUGGGUAGACAAAUUAUUUUUUUCAGAUUAAAAUGAACAAAGCAUUAUUAGAGCCCUGUAGACAUGACAAAACACGACUAUAGUCACAUUUAUACUUUUCUGUAUUUACAACAUAUUGCGCAACUGCAGGGUCUUGAGACACAUGCUAACUCGCAAACUAGGGGGCCUAAAUUAGCGUCCUGCGGGCCACAUUUGACCCGCGGGCCGCGUGUUUGAGACCCCUGAUCUAGUAUAUAUGCAGUACACACACACACACACAUUAUUAUUAUGAUGAUAGCAUAAAAUCACAUACAAUAUUCUCAAAAAUCAUUAAGCAUAUAAAUAGAUGAUUUAGGUAGCAAGUUUACUAGCUAGAACAUGAUGUCCGUGCAACCUGUCUGGUACUCCGCUGUACACGCUCCGAGCUCGAAACAUCGUCCACCGAACGAGCGUGGAGAGAGCUCGCAAUCAAGCUAAAAGUUGUCAAAUUGAUGUCCACCAUGACUCACGGAAUGAGGUCCUUCCUGUAAACUUCACUGUCAUCCGGGUUGACAUUGUAUUCCGACUGGUCCUCUGGUUCUUUAACCUUGGUCACCAGAUAGGAGAUGAACCAUCAACUUGAUGUUCAGCAUGGCUGUUGAGACAUGAGGGAGGGAGCUAGCAUUCGUUAACAAUUCAAACUGAUUUAAAGUACUGGAUAUCAGCUGCCAUCGUCAUUGCACGUGAUGUCAUUAAAAUAAGUCGCCAUGCAAUGGAUGAAGUGGGAAUCUUUGAAGUCCUCAACUUUCCUCACUCAACAUUGUCCUCUUCCGGGAAAAGCAAUGGACACCAGAAGUGUGGCUGUUGGGUGAAAAACAUAAUUUAACAUCGAACCUCAACUAUAACUUUAUUACAGUAAACCUCAGAUAUAUCGUACUCGGAUAUAUCGGAAAUUCACUCACAACGGACAGAUAAAAAAGAACCAAUUUUUCUGUAAUGCAUUUCCAAUAAAAAUUCAUUGCAUAUAUCGGAUUUUUUAUAACGGAUUUCGCCUAUUUCGGACAAAAUCUCCAGUCCCGUUCCAAUGCAUUUCCAUUAAAUUUCCCUCGCAUAUAUCGGAUGGCUGCAUCGUGGCGCUCCGAUUCGCCGAAUCGUGACAGGCCGCUAUACGACAUCAUUUGCAGCGUUUGCAGCGUUGCCUGCGCAUCCAGGUACAUUGGAAACAUAGUCAAGGAAGUGCCUUUUUAUAACGGAUAAAAUCCGAUUCACGCAUAUAUCGGAUUUAUAUCCGGUAUAUGCGUGAAUCGGAUUUUAUCCGUAAAACGGACAUUUUCCGGUAUACGCAUAUAACGGAUUUCGCUUAUAUCGGACAAAACCAGUGGGAACAAUUGAAUCCGAUAUAUCCGAGGUUUACUGUAUUAUGGUAUGAUCCAUACCUUACUGAUGAGUGAAUGAAAGCUCCUAUUCUGUGCUUUUUCCCUCCCACUCGUUGACCUUUCCCUCAGGAUUUUGCCAUGCAGGUACUUUAUCCUUUCUUCUGCUGCGUUAGAGUAGAAUCUCUCAAACACCAAGAGCUUGAACUGCACGGCUUUGGCCGCCGCUGGUGCCAUCAUGAGCAAGAUCAGCAGAAUGGCAGCCAGCGAAAACACCGAGCUGUAGAGCAUCGGUUUGGGAUUGGGGAGGCACUCCUUCUCAAAGAGUGUCACAGAAUAAGAAAAGUCCUUUUGGUGGUUCUCCUCAGCCAACUGUAUUCCGAUUAGAGUUGCUACCCCCUGAAAGAAAAAAACGGUUCAUAAAGAAAUAUGAACAUUUUAAAAAUGUCCGAUUUGUUUCAUGAAACUUACUUUGAGGCUUAGCAGCAGCGGGACGUGGAAGGGUUCCAUCUCUGAUAGCUUGGUGGUUACUAUAGCAACAAAACAGUACAAUAAAGCAUCCACGGUUAUAAAAAUAACCCAAGCAAAUAAAUGGCACACAACCGGAAGGCCAAAUUUCAACAGCGCUUUUCCUUCCUGGGUUGUAGGACGGAGGGAAGGGAGAGCGGGGUAAAGCUUCUCCUCCUCUGAUGUGAGAGGAAGAACGUGACGCCUUCCCGCCGCCUUCUGCUUCUCAUCAUAACGAAUGAAUUUGCCGCUGAUAAAGUUGUUUUUGUAUGUCAUGUCUGUGCAGUAGUUUUUUAUGUGCAAGGCUAUAAAGAUGGCGAGCACCAGGAAACUGAUGGCUGGAUAAACUCCUUCCUUCACGGACGAGACUGUGUUCACAAAGGUCAAGGCGUAUCUGACACUUUGAUUUAGCUUCACUUCUGCUUGGCUGAGUCGCUCCCUGAAUUCUUCCAAGUCCACUUUGGAUGAGAUCUUAAGCUGAGAGUCCAGGUUAACCACUCCGAGAUCCGUCACCCCUUGAAGUACAUCAGCCAGCCAUUUCAACAUGGCCACGUAGUUCCUGAAGGGAGCCGUGAUGGACAUCUUCUUCGCUCUUAGGUUACAAAUCAUGCUCCGCACCAAACCUGUGAGAUUGUCCAAAGUGUUGUGAAUAUUCCCGAGGAUCACUAGACUUGUCCCAGCUGUCAAGAGCAAAUUCCGACUCUUUUUGGUGAAAAUAGAGACGAUCAAAAGAGUCAGUAAGCAUCGUAUUUUCUUUGACAGGAAAAGGGCUACCGUUAACACCACCCCAUGGAGGGCGGAGAUCCCCCCAGCCACUGCUGGGUUGGAGUUGAGAGUAUAGAGGAGAUACAAGAGGAGCAGGAUGCUCAAUAGGAUGCUAGGGAGGACACAUACGAUGAGGAGGACAGUGGUUCUCUUGAAGUUCUCUCUGUUACCGCUGAUGAAAGCAUCCACUGCCAUAGCCCCGAAAUCCUUCAGGCCUUGGUUGAGCCUCAUCCACAGGGGUAACAUCUCUGGACUUCCUGAAGGACAGUCUUGAUGUGUUGACGUGGACCCGGGCAACUAUUAUUGUGUGUGUAGUCUGCCGGUUUCUUAAAUAGUACUGGAACAGGAAGUGGUUGCUAGCCGCUGUCAUUCGUCAUGUUUGUCAUUGCUGUUAUUUUUUUACCCAAACAAAAGAAGAAGUAAGAUGUGGAGAUGGUAUUUGAAAGAUGAUGUUUUACUUGAAAAAAACAUUAUGUUGCAUUUUGACAUCAAACAUUUACAGACUGGUGGAAGGACCCCCCCCCCCCCCCCAAAAAAAAAAAGUAAUUCAAUCAGGUAUGUGUCAAAAAAAUAAAUACAAAAUAAAAAAAAAAAACGGAUUCUGCGCGGUGGAGUAGUGGUUAGCGCGCAGACCUCCCAGCUAGGAGACCCGGAUUCAAUUCCACCCUCAGCCAUCUCUGUGUGGAGUUUGCAUGUUCUCCCCGUGCAUGCGUGGGUUUUCUCUGGCCCACAUUCCAAAAACAUGCUAGGUUAAUUGGCGACUCCAAAUUGUCCAUAGGUAUGAAUGUGAGUGUGAAUGGUUGUUUGUCUAUAUGUGCCCUGUGAUUGGCUGGCGACCAGUCCAGGGUGUACCCCGCCUCUCAGCUGGGAUAGGCUCCAGCAUCCCCCGCAACCCUCGUGGGGAUAAGCGGUAGAAAAUGAAUGAAU